UGGUGGGGAAUCCAGUCUGUGGAUUUAUAUACAACAGUCAACAUCGCUUUGAAUAGAUUAGUUUCGAACAGUGAAAUCGAAUAGUUAUAAUAGUUCGUUAAAAAACGUCAUAAAUAUUUCCAAGCUGUAUAAUUUAUUACAUUUUUGUAUUUUAAACAACAUACCAUCCACGUCCAAUAUGAUAAAAUACAUCGUAAUUUUAUUCACUAUUUUUAUUUCCGUACAAUCACAGAGACCACCUUUUGCCGGAAGCAGUAAACCUUAUCCAGAUGUUCUUCCACAAUAUUUGGAAGAACAGAAAACAAUUAAUAAUAUUAAUAAAGAAACAAUUGCAAGUCGAUUUGGUGCGAGCAGUGGUGAUUCAAUAGCAUUAGGAGCAGCUCCUGUUAUUACAACUUCGACGAUUCCACCAGAUUUGCCAGUGGAUGCUUUGGGAAAUAUUAACUUAGUAAAUCGGAUUAAAACCUGGCCAAGAGAAAAACAACCGUUCUGGUAUAUCAACUGGCAACAGAUUCAAGAACAUCGUGGUGAUUCAAAAAAUAGAGCUCAAUUAGUUCAAACGGAACCGAAUCAGAGAUCAUUUUUUGCAGGAUAAAAAAAAGUUUAAAAUUUUGUUAUGUUAUGUUUAAUUUU